AUGACUGCCUUCUGUCGCUAUCUUCUUGGUGAUGAAGCUACAGAGUUUUUGAGGGAUUCGUUUCGAUUUCGAUCUGAUUUUGAAAAUUCCAACGCCUAUGCUUAUAUGGAAUUUUUAGAACAAGAUUGGAAUCUCUUUGGUACCAUUUACUAUCCCCUUCAAGGUAUGUCUCAAUUCGCUAAACGUAUGAUGCAUACUGCAACAAAAAAUCAUCGAACAAAAUUGUACUUGAACGAAGAAGUUCUGAAAAUUGAAGAUAAUAAUGAUAACAAUUGUUAUCCAUUUUCAAUUGAAACACCUAGAUAUCGUGUACUUGCCCAACAGUUAGUCAUAGCUAUGGAUCCAUCUGGUUGGAAAAAUGUUAUAGGGUCUAUUGCUAAUGAGAUCAAAGCAGAUAAACAUUUUCAAGCGAUUAAGGCUGCCAAAACUGUGGUUAUUGAAUCCUAUUGGCCACGUCGUUGGUGGGAGGAGAGCUUUAUCUCUGCAACGACGAUUGAUCGUGCAUGGACGAAACAGAACUGCAUUAGUUUUAUUGAAAUUACUUCUCAGCAGCCAGAAGAAAAAGAACAAAAUUUGACACGAACUGUUUAUGAUGAUGGACUGUGUGUGGAAUUAUGGUCAGCUUUGAUCAAAAGAUCAUCCCAAAACGAUUUAAUAGAAGAACUUCUUCGAGGACUGAGAUCGAUAUUCAUCGAUGUGCAAAUACCUCCACCCAGCAAAACAUUCACCCAUGUGUGGACGGGUGCUUGGCAUUUUCAAAAUGCAAACAGUGCUGUCAGCAAUAAGAAUAUCUUCACUUGGGCACUGAAUCCAUUGAAAAGAUUUACUAAAGACCAAUUAAGUUUAGUUGGCGAAGCCUUUUAUUUAGACCGUGCAACCUGGAUAGAUGGCGCUGUGAAAUCUUCACUGAUAUCUUUAACAUCUCAAUUCAAUAUGAAGUUUAAUUGCUUCAACAAUGAUGCAGCAUCGGGAGGACAGUUUUGCAGUUCCAAUUACGUUUAA